AUGACUUCAUAUCCAAUAGACGAUUCGGAAUUUGCUGCAUUGAAGGGAAAGACCGUACUUAUCACGGGUGUAUCUACCGGCAUAGGUCGAGCGACAGUCUACCUUGCACAUCAGUAUGGUGCGAACCUCAUUAUUGGUGAUGUGCUGGAAAAGGAGGGCCAAGAGCUAGCACGCGAGCUCGGAGACCGUGUCAUUUUCCGUAAAUGUGAUGUAUCUCUCUGGGAUGAUGUUCUAGAGCUUUUUCAAGCCGGCUUCCAGAAGUUUGGUGCCCUCGAUGUUGUCCUUGCCAAUGCUGGAGUCAACGAGAUUGGCAAUAUGCUCGAGGACAAAGUUGAUGGCUCGACGGGAAAGCUGCUACCCCCUAACCUAGCCACGCUGAAUAUCAAUCUGCUUGGCGUAAUUUAUACGGCAAAAUGUGCGAUACAUUACUUUGCAAAGAUGGGUGGCAAACCAUGCCAGCUUGUCUUGACAGGGAGUGCCGCCUGCUUUCUCGAUACUGCGCCAUUGUAUGUGUACAGUGUAAGCAAGACUGGUGUAAUGGGUCUGAUGCGCUCACUGCGCACCCAGCUACCCAAGAACUCAAAUACAACGAUAAACAUGGUAGCUCCAUGGAUGACCAAAACACCAAUGCUUCUGCCAUCAUUCCUCCGCGUCUGGGGUGAGCUUCCCGCAAACGAGCCUAUAGGAAUUGCCCGGGCACUUUUGUUGCCGGCUGUGAGAACUGAGUUAAACGGAAAGUCAUUCUUUGUAGCUGGGCAUGAUAUUGUGGACUUAGAGGAGGGGUUAGAAAGGACAAAGCCAGAGUGGAUGGGAAAGGAACUUUCUGAUCAUGUCGACGAGGCCCAAAGGAGAAUACUUCCGUGA